UUUUUAAUUCUUCUGUCAAAUAAACAAGAAACAUGGCUGAGGUCGACGAAACCCUCAAGAAAAAGCGUAUUUUCAGGAAGUUCACUUACCGGGGAGUUGAUCUCGAUCAGCUCCUUGAUAUGCCCAAUGAGCAACUCAUGGAAUUAAUGCAUGCCCGUGCGCGCCGGCGGUUCGCUCGUGGUCUUAAACGUAAACCAAUGGCAUUGGUCAAGAAGCUGCGUCGCGCCAAGAAAGAGGCUCCUCCGAAUGAGAAGCCAGAGAUCGUGAAGACUCACUUGAGAAACAUGAUCAUCGUUCCCGAGAUGGUCGGUUCAAUUGUCGGCAUUUACAACGGAAAAACUUUUAACCAGGUUGAAAUCAAGCCUGAGAUGAUCGGCCAUUACCUCGGAGAGUUCUCAGUCACGUACAAGCCUGUAAAGCACGGUAGACCCGGUAUCGGUGCUACACACAGCUCAAGGUUCAUUCCGCUCAAGUAGAGCGUCUAAAACAACCUCUAGGCUAAGCGUAACACAAAACUUACAUGAGAUUACAAUAAAGUAACUUGUGUA